ACUACCCUUAGCAUAAACCUUAACGUCAAUAAUCAAGAAAUUGCAGCCAUUUUUAAUUUCUCCGAAUCUCUCAACCUUCUACAAAAAAAUUACCCCACUCGUUAAGUAAAAUGUCUCACUGUUUCGUCAAUCCCGGCGCUCACGUGACCUUCCGGAGAUCACGUGCCUACCUCUCCACCACUUUCCCUUUCUCCUGUCCCUCUUCAAAAUUUCCGGCGAUUUCCCGGCGUAAUUUCCGGCUGCCCCGUCUGAGUUUGUCCUCAUCCCGGAUGCAAACCUGCAACGCUGCUGCAUUUGACUUUACAGGUGGCAAAGGAAUGAAGGGAUUCCAUGAAAUCGAACUCAAAGUACGAGACUACGAACUCGAUCAAUACGGUGUCGUAAAUAAUGCAAUUUAUGCAAGUUACUGUCAACAUGGUCGUCACGAACUUUUGGAGAGGAUUGGUAUAAAUGCAGAUGCCGUUGCUCGAACCGGAGAUGCAUUGGCCUUAACCGAAUUAUCGCUCAAGUUUCUCGCACCUUUGAGGAGUGGAGAUAGGUUUGUUGUGAAAGUGAGGUUAUCCGAUUCUUCUGCCGUUCGAUUGUUCUUCGAGCAUUUCAUCUACAAGAUUCCUACUUUAGAGCCAAUAUUGGAGGCUAGAGCUACAGCAGUUUGCCUCGAUAAAAACUAUCGUCCUGUUCGUAUUCCUACAGAGAUGAGAUCUAAGUUCGUUCAGUUCAUUCGCAAUGAAGAAGCGAAUUGAUUUUAUAUAUUUUUUUUGGUAACAUUUAAUAUGAAUUCAAAAUCUGUUGAGUUUGCAGUUGAAGUAAUAGGAUAAUUUUACUCUUUACAAGGUGGACUGUGUAAUGCAAAAAAAUUACGCGUUUA